CUAACGCACUCAACGUCAGGGCGCUUUCUGUAAAAAUGAAGUCAUUCUGUUUAUUACCACUAAUAUUAUUCAUGAUAAGCAUCCACCACAUCGGAGGAAAUGGCAUCCGAGUGCCAUUAUCAAAAUAUGAGCCUGGAGAUGAAGCAUACGACCAAGGAUUUUAUGGAACUAUAUCAUUUGGAAGCCCACCACAGAAAAUCAACGUUUCCUUUGAUUGGAAAACUAAUGGAAUGUGGGUGCUCUCGAGUUAUUGCAACGAUUCAGUUUGCCGCACCCAAAAUCACAGUACUUAUAACCACAAAAUCUCGAAAACUUUCCGAAGUGUACAUGACUUUGAUACACAAGUUUGGAAACUGCGCUUUGGUGCUCGAGUAACUGAUGCAAUUACAAUAAAUUAUAUCCAGAUAUAUAACGUAACAUUUUUUGUAACUGCGAGCUCGGAGGCAUUCAACGGUAAACCAUACGAUGGUAUUGUGGGAUUGGAAUUAGAAAACGAUUUUAUACAAAUCUGCAAAAAAAUUGGACGGAAGAAUGAAUUUUCACUCUACAUCAAGGACAAUAAUACUUCUGAAUUGAUGUUAUGCGGGGAAGACAAGACAAAGUUUCGGGGUAACUUGCGAUACGUUACUGUAGCUGGUAAACAACCUUCAGAAUGGGAUGUUGCGAUGCAAAGUGUUUUGUUGCAUCAUGACGAUGAUGCUUCAACAAUGGAAUUCCCAAGUCUUCGUUUCACUCUCAACCCUAGCUCGUCAUACAUUACAGGGCCAGGACAUUACAUUGAAAAAAUUCACAAAGCGUUAAACGCCACAACAUCGAAGAUCAGUAACUUAAAGGAGGUUGACUGCAAAAACAUUCAUACGUUACCGAAUAUCACAUUUAGAGCUGGUAACAAUAAUUUCACUCUUACAGGAAAUGAUUACAUCAAACAGGUGACGCAAAAUGAUCAACAGGUCUGCAUAGUUCAGUUGACAUCACACGAGGCCUCAGAAUUAUGGAUUAUAGGAAACGUUUUCAAUAGGAAGUUUUACACUGUAUUUGAUGAAGAGAUGAAAAGAGUUGGAUUCGCCGAAAGCAUUCAUGAUGGGUCUGCUUAGAUACCUAGGUAUAUCAUCUUCCUCGUUUGAUGGGAAAAUGAAGUACCGUUUUUUAGUACUUACCUACAUAAUAUUAUUAAUAGGUAAAAUGAAAACUAUUCGUAGUUUAAACUAUAUACUCAUUGUAUUUUGUUUCAAAUUAAUAAAGUACGAGUAAUUAUAAAAA